AUGCCAAAGCCAAACAGCAUAGGUUUAGAUCAGUCCAACCGUUAUAUAAUAGAGGAGAAGAACUACAAUCGUGAUGAAUUGAAAGAAAAACAUGAUGAUUGGAUAGAGUUGAUGACGUCUGAGCAAAGGGCAAUAUAUGAUGAGAUAAUGGUAGCUGUUUUAAAUGACUGUGGAGGAGUCUUUUUUGUUUACUGUUUUGGUGGAACAGGAAAGACUUUUAUGUGGAAAACUCUUUCUGCAGCUGUUAGAUACAGGGGAUUGAUAGCUAUAAAUGUUGCCUCAAGUGGUAUAGCUUCUUUGCUGUUAGAGGGUGGAAGGACUGCACACUCAAGGUUUUGUAUCCCUAUAAAUCCUGAUGAUUUUACAACCUGUAAUAUCAAUCCUACUUCAGAUUUGGCUAAGAUGUUGAAAGAAGCGUCUCUCAUCAUAUGGGACGAAGCACCAAUGAUGAGCAGAUAUUGUUUUGAGAAUCUGGAUAGAAGUUUAUCUGAUAUAAUGAGAAAUGCAGACAACAAGCCGUUUGGUGGAAAGGUAGUUGUAUUUGGAGGUGACUUCAGGCAGGUAUUACCUUUAAUAAAUGGUGCUGGUAGGGCUCAGACUGUUCUAGCUUCAUUGAACUCUUCGUAUCUAUGGGAACAUUGUAAGGUUCUGUCUUUGACGAAGAAUAUGCGGCUUAUGUCAAAGAAUAUGACAGAGAUUGAAGCAAGGAAUAUAAAGGAGUUUUCUGAUUGGAUUCUAGCUGUUGGAGAUGGGAAAAUUCCCGAAACAAACGAUGGGGAAGCUCUUAUUGAUAUUCCAGAAGAAUUGCUAAUAACAGAUGUAGUUGAUCCUAUUGAUUCCAUAAUUAGGGCCGUAUAUGGUGAUUUGGAAAUGUUGCAUACAAAAACAGAUCCGAAGUUUUUCCAAACAAGAGCUAUUUUAUGUCCAACAAAUAGUGAUGUUAACACCAUCAAUGAAAGACUGCUUGAGAAGCUCCAAGGUGAAGAAAUGGUGUACUUAAGUGCAGAUAGUAUCGAUCCUCAGGACAGCGAAUCAUUAAACAACCCUGUUUUCAGUUCAGACUUCUUAAAUAGUAUAAAGCUCUCAGGAUUGCCAAAUCACAGUCUUCAUCUUAAGAUUGGUGCUCCUGUAAUGUUACUGAGAAAUAUAGAUCAUAAAGGUGGUUUAUGCAGCGUUACACGAUUGCAGAUUACUCAGAUGGGGAUUAAUGUCCUAGAAGCUUGUGUUAUUACCGGUGAAAGAGUUGGAGAGAAAGUGUUAAUUCCAAAGGUUUUAAUUAAACCGACUGAUACUAAACUUCCUUUCCGGAUGAGAAGAAGACAAUUUCCAUUGUCUGUAGCUUUUGCGAUGACUAUAAACAAGAGUCAAGGACAAUCACUCGAAGAAGUUGGUCUUUUUCUACCUCGACCAGUGUUUUCUCAUGGCCAGUUAUAUGUGGCCCUUUCUAGGGUCACAUCGAAGAAGGGUUUGAAAGUGCUUAUCUUAGAUAAAGAUGGAGGGACAACAAAGCAAACGAUGAAUGUUGUGUUCAAGGAAAUUUUUCAAAAUCUAUGGAAGUAA